UUAGUCUAACAGUAAAUACAUGUCACUGUGCUAUGCACUCUUUACUUUAUGGUAAAUAAUACUUUACUAAAUAAACAAGCCACAAGAACUUUAUAAAGACUAGUUAGCCCAUUGACCAAACCGUCCUUUGAAGAAGCAGGAUACAAUACAAGAGAUCAACGACAGAAUGAAAGUCAUCGCCAUUGUCUUCAUCAUCUUCUUUUUGUUUGUGUGCAACUCAGGCAGUGUGAAGGUUGUGGAUGGAGAUUUCACCUUCUCUCUGGAGGCUGUGAAGAAGCUGAAGGAUUUGAUGGACGGCAUUCAGUUGAAAAGCUCUCGCAUGUCCAGCUCUGCAGUGCUGUGUGCCAACCCAGCCCUGCCAGAGGAGUUCAGAGCAGUGUGCCAAAGCACAGGAGCAGGCAUGGUCUUCUCCAGACUAAAAACAGUGGCUGAUGAUGCAGAUAUCUGUGAGAUCUGUGCCAUGGCUGCCUGCACAGGAUGCUUCUAGUGAUUCUUCAAGAUCAUCACUUUAAAAAAUUAAAAUAAAAAAUAAAUCAAUUGAAUAUGUAGCAAAAACAGGAUUUACUGUGAAGAGGCUCCCAACCACUGAAUUCUCUGAAAACACAUUUUGGAAAAUAUGAUUUAAUGGUACUGCCAGACAGUGUGGUCUAAAGGGGCUUCAUUGUAAUGCCUAGCCCUGUGCCUCCAUGCAGGUUAUUGAUUUGUCCACUGAAAAAGGCUGAUAUGAAUAAAUAAAACCCUAGCCAAACUAACAAAUCCUAAUCUUGUGCUCAAAAGGAAAUUGAAAUACAAACAAGACUUACUGCUUCUAAAACAAAUUGUAAAAAGAACUGUAUAUUGUCAACUGACUCUUGAGGUCACCACCACCUGUGCCAUUCAGAGACUUACAGCAACACUGAAACAGCAGCCUAAAACCUAAAGGUAUGUGUCUGCUGUUCACAUUGUGUGUAGAUACUCCUGGAGUCGAAGAGGCUUUUCCAGUGAACAAAUCAAUAAUGCUUCAUGCUAUUACUGUUCUUAAAAUGGUUUUAACCACACACAAACACACUGUACAAUGCUGGACUUUAUUCUAUUAGAAACUAACCAUUAACAUUGCAGAGUGCCACUAUCAUGUUCAAUUUGCCACUAAAAUAGGAUUCCAUAGUGUAGUGUUCUGUGCACUCUGCUGCAUCCUCUCCAGGCAUUGUUGGUGUUCCAGUUUGUUUUUUACAUUUUCCAAAUGUAAAGUUGUAACUGCAGGAAUACAAGCUUCCUCCCUCCUUGAACCUUUCUAUGAACCAAACAGCCAUCCUCAGCAGCAGGAGGUUAUGAAUGCAAUAUAUAAGCUCUUUUAUUUCUUUUCCCUCUCCCCUUUUUUGGGCCUUUUUGCAUACUGAUAAUAUUUUGUAAGAACCAUAUAAAAGGUACAUCUUUUGUUGUUUGUUUUUAAAGCAAUUUGCACCUUUUACUCCUAUCCCAGCAAUAGGGAUACACACAUGUAGCUUCUAACUGUGAAUGUAAUAAAUACAUUCCUUAUCUAGUGUAUGCACCUAAUCAAAGUAGGGCUGUUUACCGUAAUUGUUUCCAAUUCGUAUGGCUAUAGAGGUUUGAGCUAUGGAGUAUUUAAAAUAUCCUCAUCAUUUUGGUAGUACUGUACUAGUAAGUGAAUUAGACUCAACCUUGAUUGCAUAGUUCAUUAUAUGCUAUAGUGUAUAAAUAAUUGGUCCCACAGUGCCCCUUUGUGGCCAUUAGGGGUAUUUCUCUUCAAACCACAAAGAAUGUUACUGGUAGACUACAGA